AUGUUCCUGAAGGCUGUGGUCCUGAGCCUGGCCCUGGCGGCUGUCACCGGAGCCGAGGCGGAUGUCAAUGCCGACCAGGUGGCCACUGUGAUUUGGGACUACUUCAGCCAGCUGGGCAACAAUGCCAAGAAGGCGGUGGAACAUAUCCAGAAGUCUGAGCUCACCCAGCAGCUCAACACCCUCUUCCAAGAUAAACUUGGGGAAGUGAGCACCUACACGGACGACCUGCAGAAGAAGCUGGUGCCCUUUGCCACGGAACUGCAUGAACGGCUGACUAAGGACUCCGAGAAGCUGAAGGAGGAGAUUCGGAAGGAGCUGGAGGAGCUGCGAGCCCGGCUGCUGCCCCACGCCACCGAGGUGAGCCAGAAGAUCGAGGACAACGUGCGCGAGCUGCAGCAGCGCCUGGGACCAUACGCAGAGGAGCUGCGCACCCAGGUCGACACGCAGGCGCAGCAGCUGCGGCGCCAGCUGACGCCCUACGCGCAGCGCAUGGAGACGGUGAUGCGGCAGAACCUGGACCAGCUGCAGGCCUCGCUGGCGCCCUACGCCGAGGAGCUCCAGGCCACGGUCAACCAGCGGGUGGAGGAGCUCAAGGGGCACCUGACGCCCUACGCGGACCAGCUCCAGACCAAGAUCGAGGAGAACGUGGAGGAACUGCGCCGCAGCCUGGCCCCUUAUGCUCAGGACGUCCAGGGGAAGCUCAACCACCAGCUGGAGGGCCUGGCCUUUCAGAUGAAGAAGCAUGCCGAGGAGCUGAAGGCCAAGAUCUCGGCCAAAGCCGAGGAGCUGCGGCAGGGGCUGGUGCCCGUGGUCAACAGCGUGCGUGGAAGCCAGCCGGGCAACGCCGAGGGCCUGCAGAAGUCCCUGGCCGAGCUGAGCAGCCGCCUGGACCAGCAGGUGGAGGACUUCCGCCGCACCGUGGGGCCCUACGGCGAGACCUUCAACAAAGCCAUGGUGCAGCAGUUGGAUGCGCUCAGGCAGAAGCUGGGCCCCCUGGCGGGGGACGUGGAAGAUCACCUGAGUUUCCUGGAGAAGGAUCUGAGGGACAAGGUCAGCAGCUUCUUCAACACCCUCAAGGAGAAGGAGAGCCAGGCCCCCGCCCUCCCUGCGCAGGAGGAGAUGCCCGUCCCUUUGGGGGGCUGA